AUGAGCUUAGAAGAAGACGAAAAGAAGGCGCAGAAAAGGGCUCGCUCUGAGGCUCAGCGUCUUGAAAGCAUCCGUGCGAAAAAGCAGCUCGAGAAGCAGAGGCAAGACGUUUUGUCACAAGCUUUAAGAAAAGUGGACCAGAAGAGCAAGAGGGUUGUGUUCGAGGACAGCGAUGAGAAUGAGGAGAAUCCAUCUACGAGCUCUCAGAAUGUCUCUGUCAUAACGACUGCCACGAAGUGUCCAAAACUUUUUGAAGAAAGCUCUUCAGAACACAGUGAUGAUGACAAAGAUCAGUUCAAGAUUACUAAUCGGCAUGAGGGAAAGAAAGGUGAGAAGCUCAUGAAACUGGAAGCAAAGUUUAACUCGGACUCGCGAUUUCAGCUUGAUGAAAAGUUCGAAUCCAGCGGAAGUGAUGAUGAUGACGAAAAUGAGGCCACCCAAGAGCGAUUGAAGAAUCUCGAGCUUUUGUCAAAAGUACUAGGUAGUACGGUGAAACCACAGAAAAAAACAUUAAAGUCAUCGAUGAAGGAAACGAAAACUGGGCAAGCAGCUGUUCGUCCUUUUACGAGGUUUGAUCCUUUUAAUGAAGAACAUGUCAGAUGGUUGCAAGAGGAAGAAGCGGAUACAAGUUGUAAGAAAGAUGAAGUAGAUGAAGAUGAGCUCAGCGAAACGACUGCAUCUAAGCUGAUUAACAAAAAUGAAAAGAAGAAGGUCAAUGGCUUCCACUACGAAAUGCAAGCAAAUUUCGCGGAGGAGUUGAAAGCAAGGUUAGCCGGACAGUUUGGUGCAACCGACUCUGGUAGCAAUGAUGGUGACGCCAACUUCUCGUUUUUGGCAAUGAUGGGGAGAGCAGCACCGAGCACUGAACCUAAGCCUAACCUUAUUGGCGAAGAAAAGGGUGUGGAUAUUGUAUCGAAUAAGAAACUGAAGGCAAUACUCAGGAAUGAUUACGACGAAAAUGAAGAUGAUGGUGUUAUUGCAAAAAUUGCGGCACCAUGUCGUAAACCUCCUUUUGCCGGUGUUUCAACAUCGAAAUUCUUUGUCAUUGGCAAUGAACCAUACCUGCAAAGUCUAGUCAGUAAUUUCAAAAGGACACAACCGCUAGAAAAGAUCGUUCCACGUUGGGCGAAUCACCGCGAUAUAUUUAUAAAAAAUUAUAAACAUCUCCGAAAAGCUGCAUUAAAAGAGAGGAGACAAAAAAUUUUGCGUGAUAAUGGCCAUGCAGAAUCCAAGAAUGCUGAGAAGAGAAAGAAGAGUUUCACCAGGAAGAGGAGAGCUAAAGAAGAAACUGGCUAG